AUGAUUGUAAGUGGUACUGCUGGCACAGGUAAGACAUAUUUAAUUAGUGCCCUAAAGCAAGUAUUGCAAGACCAAUGUAUUGUCACAGCAACAACUGGAAUUGCUGCAUUCAGUAUUGGUGGUCAAACUUUGCAUUCCGCAGCUCAACUUCCGAUUUGGGAAUACAGAGAAUUACAAGGUGAUUCCUUACAGAGAUUGCAGCUCAGAUUGGAAGGUAAGAGGUUUCUCAUUAUUGAUGAAAUGUCAAUGAUUGGACAUAAGAUGCUUUCAUGGCUUGACAACAGACUACGUGCAGGUACAGGAAAAGAGGAUGUCCCAUUUGGUGGCAUGUCGAUUAUCCUAAUGGGGGAUUUGGCCAGUUACCUCCUGUAG